AUGGUGAUCGUCAGCGGUGAGGUCGGAAGUAGAUUCUCCACUGGAGGAUGGAAAUCGGCGAGGCUUAUCAUCUGUGUGGAAAUGGCGGAGCAGUUCGCCUUUUACGGUAUAUCCUCGAACCUGAUUACAUACUUGACGGGGCCACUGGGAGAGUCAACAGCUGCAGCUGCGGCAAAUGUCAACGUCUGGACUGGAACGGUGUCGUUUCUACCACUUAUCUGGGGCUUCAUCGCUGACUCGUUUCUUGGCCGUUUCCGUACCAUCCUAGUCUCAUCUUCUCUCUAUAUCUUGGGACUUGGUUUGCUGUCGUUUUCAGCUAUGCUUCCUUCUCACUCCAAGGAGCCGAAUCAACUACAAGUGAUUCUCUUCUUCUGCUCUCUCUAUCUUAUAGCCGUAGGACAAGGCGGUUACAAUCCUUGUAUUAAGGCAUUUGGAGCUGAUCAGUUCGAUGUGAAUGAUCUAACAGAGGCACAAGCGAAGAGCUCUUACUUCAAUUGGCUGAUGUUUGGAUGCUGUGCUAGUAUAUUCAUUACUCGUUUGGUCUCUAACUACAUCCAAGAGAACCUAAGUUGGUCAUUAGGGUUUGGUAUUCCAAGUGUUUGUAUGCUGCUUGCUCUGUUUUUGUUCCUCCUUGGAACAAAGACUUAUCGUUUUAGCAAUGGAAGAGGAAGUAACAAAAAUCCUUUUGCUAGAAUCAGUUGUGUUUUCUUGGAAGCCGUAAAGAACAAGAAAAAACCAGAUUUAGGUGUAUAUAACCCUAAAGAGAACCUACUUCUCAAGGCUCAUCAGAGUUCCAAGCAAUUUAGUUUUCUUGACAGAGCAGCGAGUUCAUGUGAUUCGGCCGACAUUGAAGAAGCAAAAGCAGUGCUUAAGCUUGUUCCCAUAUGGAUGACUUGCUUAGUGUAUGCCAUUGUUUCUUCACAAUCCUCUACUUUGUUCACAAAGCAAGGAUCCGCAAUGGACAGGUCAAUCACACCAGGAGUCUUAGUCCCCGCAGCUACGCUCCAAUGUUUCAUAAGCAUUACAAUUGUCACUUUCAUCCCAGUCUAUGACCGUCUACUAGUCCCAAUGGCAAGAUCUUUCACUCAUAACCCAUCAGGAGUCACAACGCUUCAAAGGAUUGGAACAGGAAUGUUUCUCUCCAUUCUUGCUAUAGUAAUAGCCGCCUUAGUCGAGACCAAAAGGCUCCAAGCCGCUCGGGACGACGCCACAGUAUUGAUGAGCGUGUGGUGGUUGGUUCCGCAGUAUGUUAUCUAUGGUGUCUCUGACGUGUUCGGAGCGAUUGGUUUGCAAGAGUUCUUCUACGACCAAGUCCCUAGUGAACUUAGGAGCAUUGGUAUGGCUCUGAAUCUAAGCAUAUUCGGGGCAGGUAACUUCCUUAGCAGCUUCUUGAUAUCUGCCAUUGACAAUAUCACGAGCCAGUAUGGUCAAACGAGCUGGUUUGAUAACGACAUGAACCAAGCUCAUUUAGAUUACUUCUACUGGCUACUCGCUUGUCUCAGCUCCAUUAGUUUAGCCUCCUACUUGUGGUUCGCCAAGUCGUUUCUCUACAAUAGACCAAACACCUAA